GAACACCGGAACCGGGCCAGAAAGCCGCUGCCGUGCGCUUUGUACCAGCGUACCGCGGCGGCAGGCCAAAGCAAUCGAUGCGGACCGGCUGUGCCGCGUCCAACGGCAAGCGCGCAGUCCGAAGCAAUCGAGGGCGGAGCAGCGGCAUGCGGAGGGCAUGGCGGCGGGCGGGCCGCGGCGCCUGGUGCACCUGGACAUGAAGGGCGCCGCGCCCCGCGCAGGGUACCUGGUGGAGGUGCUGCCGCUGCUUCGCUCCCUGGGCGCCACCGGACUGCUGCUGGAGUAUGAGGACACCUUCCCGUAUGCGGGGCCGCUGGGGCCGCUGCGGGCACCCCACGCAUACAGCCCCGGGGAGGUCCGGGCCGUGCUGAGCCAGGCGAGAGCGCAGGGGCUGGAGGUGGUGCCGCUGGUGCAGACCUUCGGGCACAUGGAGUUUGUGCUGAAGCACAAAGAGUUUGCUCAUCUCCGGGAGGUGAAGGCCUUUCCCAACGCCCUCAACCCGCACAAGGAGGAGUCGCGGGCACUGGUCAAAGCCAUGAUUGACCAGGUCAUGGCACUGCAUGGAGACAUAAAGUGGUUUCACAUCGGAUGUGAUGAGGUCUACUACCUCGGCGAGGGAGAGGAGUCAAAGCAGUGGCUGCAGCAACAGGACAACACUCCAGAGAAGCUGUGCUUAUCCCACAUAAAAGCAGUAGCGAGUUGUGUGGCCUCAUCUUACCCCACUGUGACACCCAUCGUGUGGGAUGACAUGCUCCGAGGGAUAAGUGAGGAGACACUGGCAGAAUCUGGGGUGCCACAGCUUGUGCAGCCAAUGAUCUGGGACUACGCAGCGGACCUGGAUGUGGAAGGCAAAGUGCAUCUCAUAGAGAAGUAUCGUAGAUGCGGCUUCUCCAAGGUGUGGAUUGCUAGUGCUUUUAAAGGAGCUACAGGAGUGAAUCAGUCUCUAAUCCUUAUUGGACACCACUUAAAAAACCAUCUUCAGUGGCUGAAAGUGGCAAGCAAAAUCCCUGCUGAUGUCCUCGAAGGUAUCGCACUGACCGGCUGGCAGAGGUAUGAUCACUUCUCUGUUUUGUGUGAGCUUCUCCCAGUGGCAAUUCCAUGCUUGGCUGUAUGUCUGCAAACACUAAAGAAUGGUGGAUAUUCUGACAAGGUUAAAGAAAAUGUGGAAGAGCUUCUGGGAAUGUCUAACCUGGAAAUUGAUACUUUCAUGAGCACAAGUCUGGGAACCUUUCCUGGGAGCAAUAUUCUCACGCUUGUGACCGAAAUCAGUUUCUACCUCAAGUCAUCAGUGGAUGAACUUCUUGAAAGGAACAGGUAUGUCACAGGCUGGUUCAGCCCCUACCACAGGAAAAGGAAGAUUAUCCAUCCUAUAAUAAUGCAUCACUUUCAGCCAGAUGCAGUAAGUCUUCUCUCCAAGUGGAAUGGUGUGGUGCAAGACCUCCAAGCAGCCAUGGAGCAAGUCUUCCACAAAUGUACUGUAGAGGAGUGGAUGGAGGAGAACGUCUACCCCAGCCUCCAGAAGCUGCAGCAAGUGGUGGAUGAUUUAGACGAAGCGAUAAAGGCACAAAAUUAGGGACAUUUCA